CAUAUUUAUUGUGUUUUCAGUUACUUUAUCAUGCAGUAGAUAUGAUCUCACAUGGGUUGGAGCAUGUGCAAAUCAUCAUAGAACUCUGUCAGCUAAAUAAAAGUUUUUCACCACUAUUAUCAUUCAACUCCGUGUCCAUGCUUCUUUGGAUAGUGAAGAGUGUGAUGAUACAAAUUAUAUUGAGCGUAACUUAUGAGCAAUUUUAUGCUGCCGUCGAAAAUGUGAAAGAUGCUUGUUCUGUCCACUUGAUGUCAAAUUGUUCAGGGGAAGAAAAACGUCUCUGUAAAAACGUGAAACGUUUGUGCCGAUCUUCGUUUGACAAGAUAAAUGCGUGGGGAUUGUUCUACGUGGACUCCAGACUACCACUCAGCCUUGUGGGACUCCUCACAAAUUAUACUGUAGUCCUGCUACAAUUCGCAUUUCUGUAAUUUUCAUAUAUCGUAGUGAUAUUUUAUAAAAUACUUAAGAUUGACUUUCAUUGAUUUUAAAAUAUUAAUAUGCUCCAAUAAACAUGUUUGAAAAAGUAACAUUAGCACUUGCUUGGAUCAAACACAAACCUCGGGCACACAAAUCCAUAGACGGAACCACAAGGUAUUUAUGAUACCAAAGUAAAACUUUAGUUGGUCCCUAAACCGGGCAUCCAAUUAUUUUGGGCAAUAUUUUUCUAAAGCUAUGAAAUGGAAUGUGUGCGGUUUGAAAACAUGUAAUUUCCAUGGAAACCAGUAACAUUACACCAAACUCGGAUGAUGUGUAAAAAGGCCCAUAAACAGACAAUUUUCGAAGUAAUGUAAUUUCAUAAUCAAACAAAUACUGGCUUUCAGUUUAUAUUUGAGUACAUUUUAGUUUAAGAUUCGAUCCUUAACAUUCAUAUCAUUACUUAAUUUGAACUGAUCGACAUCAGACACGUCAACGGCAUCAGACAUGUUUUCCAUACUUAAAACUUGCAAAAUCAAGAAAAGUGAUGGUGAUAUAGAAGCCAGACCAUCAAUAGUUACAAAUUUCAUCGACGAACAGUUACAUUCAAUACUGAGGC